UGUCUGUGUUGGCCGACAUUACUGCUGACAGCACAAAAGACACAAGUGUUUUGGUAGAUGGAGAUAUUGAUACUUGUGUUACGGCGACUACGAUAAAUGUUACAUGGAGUCGAGCCUAUCCCAUCACAUGGAUACGUGUACAAAGUUUCGAUCAGUCUCACAGUAUGGCUGUGAAGUUCAAGAAAAGCUCUAGCGAUUUCACGCUGAUCACUUGUGAUAAAGAAACAGUUUACAAGUCAGAUAAUGGAACGGUGGAUUUUGUCUGCGAAUUACAAUUUCCCGUAGUGGCUAUGUCUGUCUCAUUCACAGCUAGCACUGUGGUCUGUUCUAUUUACAUCAGUGGAGGAAGAAAUGUGGCACUGAAGCAGCCUGCCGAACAGUCUAGCCUCUACACGGGUCUCUACAGGCAAGGAAUCUACGGCCUGGCACCGUAUGCCGUAGACGGCAACACCAACAGUUCCUGGAACAGCAGUUCCUGCACUCACACAUCAGACGAUGACCUUAAUCCGUACUGGAAGGUCACGUUUAUAAAACCUUAUCUGGUCAACAGAUAUGUUAUAUUCAACCGAUUCGACCCGUUGCCAGCUAAUGACUCUAAUCCAAACGUCUUUAAGUUGGGAUCCCGGGCUCAGAUCUGUAAGGAGUCCCUCACUCCACCCAGCUCUUAG